AUUCUGUUAAUCACUAGAAAGUCUUGGGUGUUUUGUGGCUCAGAUGUGAAACUUGGAGCCCCAAAAUGAUCCUGGAUCAAACUGUUGGUGCCUUGGUGGCAAAAAAUGAGCAACUCGGCCGGGAAAAUGAUCUGUUGAAGUCGAUGUUAAGCGUAGUCAAGGAAAACGUAGACCUGAGAGCCAGACUGCAGAGCUCCAACAAUGACACUCUGGAGGAAGUAACAGUUUGCUCAGCCUCAGGAAGACACCCAUCCAGUCUGUGGCAAAGCACCUUUGAGAGACAAUUCAGAAAAGACUUGCAGCAUCAUGAACAGCGAACCUCAUCCCCUGUCGACUUCAAGUCUUUCAUCCAAAACUCGGUGCAUGCAGAUUCAAGUGAGAGACCAGAGUUUCAAAGCUGCCAGGCUGAUUUUACUCCUGAGGUCAAAGGUCCAGAUAGGCUGCUGGGGGAGAUUGCCUACCAACUGGAUAGGAGGAUUCUUUCCCAUGUCUUCCAGAGCCAUAAGAGGCUUUAUGGUUUCACACUGCUCAAUAUCCCAGAAAAGAUCAGAGAGGUAUCCACACACCCACUGACUGGGAAGUUAGAUGAAGGCUAUCAGCUCAAUCUUACUCAGAGGCACACUGACCUCAUGGAGAGGUUGAGCCAGUUGGGGUAUAAAACAGCACUUCACCCGCCUUUCACUGAAUUUAUUGUCAACACCUAUGGGAUCCUGAAAGAGAGGCCUGGCGAAAACAGCUGCCAGGCAAUUGAUUACAAUAAUCCAGAUUUUCUGAUGAAGCUGACAAUGAACACAGCACCUAGAAAGCUUCAGAAGGACCUGCUGCUUGUGCUCACCUGUCUCUGCAACAUGGCCGAGAAGGAUAGGAAGCCUCUCCUUCUUUGGUAGGCAUGACUGUGUCAAAAAGACAGGCAAAGC